AUGGAGAACACCCCUGACUUCUUUGAUGUAGAACAACUUCUUGAAGAUGAGUUGAUGGCAGAGUACCUCUUCUAUGCACAAGACUUGGUAAGCUCCGAUUCUAAACCUGACUCUGAAACUGAACAUGAAACAGCAACUAUCAUUACACCACAUGUUAGUAAUGGUAGAGAACAAAGAGAGCUAAGUGUAGCUGAAAAGAGGAAAAUACUAGAUGACCUUCUAACUAUAUCAAAACAGAACAAGUUAGCUAGAGGUGUCAUCACAACAACAGCAACAAAGUAUGGGGUUCAUAGAACCACAAUCUCAAGAUUGUGGAAUGAUGCAGUAAAACAGAAGGGAACCGGUGUCCCCAUAAAUGUGCAGUCCAAGAAGGUUGGGAAAGUGGGUAGAAAACCCAUUAUUUUUAGUGAAGAGUGGUUGCAAUCAGUACCAUUACACAAAAGAACAACUGUGAGGAGCUUUGCAGGAGCUUUGAGGGUCUCUCCCUCACUCAUUUACAGGUUACUUAAAAAGGGACUUCUUAGAAGCCACACAAGCAGUAAUCACCCUGCUGUGACAGCAGCUCAUAAAUUACAGAGAAUGAAAUGGGUGUUAAAGCACAUUGAACCAAGCACACCAACACAAAAACCAGUUUUCCAGAGUAUGCAUAAUGUCAUUCACAUUGAUGAAAAAUGGUUCUAUUUGAACCCAGACACAAGGAGGUUUUACUUGCUACCAAGGGAAGAUGAUCCAUAUAGAUGUCAACAAUCCAAAAGAUACAAGAUAAAAGCCAUGUUUAUGGGAGUUAUUUCUAGGCCAAUAUAUGACAAUGAAGGGAAGAUGAUACACGAUGGCAAGUUCGGUAUUUUUCCAUUUGUGAAAAAAGUUACAGCCCAAAAAAGAAGCACAAAUAGGGAAAGGGGAACCAUAGAAACAAAACCCAUACAAAACAUUAAUCAAGCAAUCAUCAGAGAUAUGCUCAUACAACAAAUCAUUCCAGCAAUUAUGGCCAACUGGCCUGCUUCUCUGUCAAAGGACAUAUAUAUUCAACAGGAUAAUGCUAGGCCAUAUAUAAAACCUAGUGAUGAAGAGGCUAUUCAAGCAUUGCAAUAUCAGUCAUUCCCCAAGAAUUUAGAUGACUUAAUCGAAAAGGUGCAGGAUGCAUAUGAUUUCUUUGAUCCGGAAGUGCUUAAAUAUACUUGGCUACAGUUACAAUGGGUUAUGGUGGAGAUACUGAAAUGCAAAGGGGGGAACAACUUCAAAAACCCACAUCAUGGGAAAAGGAGGUUGGAGAGGCAGGGGUUGCUGCCUGCCAAUGUUGAAGUGGAGCAAAGUGUGAUUGAAGAAGCAGUAAAAUACUUGAUUGAAAAUGACAUUACAGUUGAUGAUGGAAUGGAAUACUUAGAGGCAGAUAUGGAGAUGGAUGCUAUGGAUGCUGAUUAA